AUGUGGCGCAAAGGCGUACCCCGAAUGGGCGAGCCUGCGUGCAUUGCCACUACCGCAAGACAGGUCGACUGCCAGGUGUACCAGAAGAAGAAGACCCGGUCCCUCGCCGGUGCCGGUGCCGGUGCCGGUGCCGUUGUGCCCAUCGCACCCAAAGGACAAGCAGCGACGGCGCACGACGAGGAGGAGCAGGGAAACUUGGUCGACCUCGUGUACCGGCAGGACCUGAGGCACGGCGAGGUCGGCCCGCUGGGCCGCAUGUGCUUCGUCGGCAGCGACGUGUCCAACUUUAGCUACAUCGUGAGGCAGGUCGCCCCCGGCCACGCCGCUGCCUUUCACUUUGGCAGCCGGCAGUUCCACCGGCGCCACACCGCGCACGAGCUGCAGCGCGUGCCGCCUGAGGCGCUCUCCCGGCGGAGCUGCGCCGCCGCGCUCGAGGCGCGCCUGCUGCGCGCCUACUUUGCGCACGUCAACGCCGGCUGGCCUGUUGUGGACGAGGAGCACUUUUCCGCGCAGCACAGCGCCGGGGAGAGCCCGCUGCCGCUGGUCAACGCGGUGCUGCUGGUCGGGGCGCGGGUGCUCGCGGCUCGCGGGGAGGACACUGACGCUGGCGGUACCUCGUUGAAGGCGCUGCAGGAGACGCUGUUUCGCAGGACCAAGACGCUGCUGGACUGCCGGUUCGAGCAGGACCGGACCAUGUACGUGCAGGUGGCGCUGCUGCUGACGUGGUACUCGGACGGGCACGAGGAGAUCCUGGCCAACGCGUGGCACUGGAUCGGCUUCGCGGUGCGCGUGGCGCUCGGCCACGGGAUGCACCGCGACGCCACACGCUCCCGGAUGCUGCCAGUCCACCGCCGGCUGUGGACGCGGCUCUGGUGGAUCUUGUUUCAGUUUGACACCGCCGUGUCCGCCGCCUACGGCCGGCCCCAGGCCCUAAAUCUGGACGAGUCGGACGUCCCGGAGCUCGAGCCUGCGCACUUUCAGGGCAUCCCCAACGCGCAGGUCGACUUCGCCAUCCAGCACGCCAAGCUCUGCGCCAUCUUCUCCGCCGCGAUGCGCGCCCGCUGGGCUCUUCGCUCCUCCACGCAGGCGCGCGUGGCCGCCCCCCGGCGCGCCGACGAGGCGCUCGCCGCGCUGAUCACGCACCUGCCGACCUUGCUGCGGCUGUCCCCGUCGCUCGCGCGGGGACCCCCGACGCCUUGGACGGCGACGCUGCACCUGACCUACAACAACUUUGCGCUGCUGCUGCACCGCCCCCCGGCCACCGACGAGGACGACGCGGCGGCGACGCUGUGCGCGGACCCGGCGCUGUGCGCGGGCGCGGCGGCGUCGAUGGCGGGGAUCCUCCACGCGCUGUGUGAAGGCGGGGGUCAGGCGUCGCUGUGGUUGUAUGGCGUGCAUGCGGCGUUUACGGCGCUGAUACACGCGUCUGGGGAGAUGGCGACGGCGGGAACGAGCCCGGUGCUGGCGGCGCGGGCCGGGGGGACGUUUGGGGCGCUGAUGGAGGCGCUGAGGUGCCUGGCGAGGGGCUGGCGCUUCGCGGAGAACUUGCUGUGGCUGUUUAGGCAUAAGGCGGGGAUGAUGGCGAUGACGCAGAGGGACGGCACGGCGGCGACGGUGCAGCAGCCGAGGCCGGUCGCAGCCGCAGCCGCGGAGAGCUUUGAGCUGCGGCCGCCACCGGUAGCCCCUGCGGACGUGGCUAUGCAUGGAGAAGAGAGUGUGUCAGACGAGUUUGUGACGCCAUGCGGUGAGGAAGACGACGUCCUGUACAGAAGAGACGCUGAGCCACUACAGCACUAUGGCGAUGGCCUGCACGCGGACGGGUUGAUGAUGGACGGGUACUCUGACUCUUUUGCACUGGACCUGUUUCUCGCUGGGAUGGACGGAAGCACGCAGGACAUGUCUUUUGGUCCUUGA